AUGGUCAAUGCUACGGGCGAAAACGGAUGUUGCGAUGCAACAUCUGAAUUGUCAACAUUAACUCCUGAAGAAGGAGCUAAGAAUGUCUCUUCAUCAAAGCUGGGUAUAUGUGGUCUAGAGAUCCCUAAUGAGGACGAAGGAGGCGGAGCUGAUGUUCCUUCUCCAGUUGGCUCAGAAUGUUGGCGAAAUCCGAAUUCAUCAGAUGCUCUGAUGAGGAUGGAGGCAAUGUUCAGUGCGGGUGCAACGCCUGUUGACGUGAUCAAAGCCCUGUAUCCAAGGAUCAAGGAGCCUCCAGAGGGCUGGUCAGAACACUUGAUUAUGUCAAUCCUCACGGAAAUUCUGGAUCGUCCACCAACUAGGAGUAAACUUCCGCAGUAUAAUACAUUUGAAGAUGCUGUGGAGCUUUUCAGAACUCGCAAGCGGAUCCUCGUUUUGACCGGUGCAGGAGUUUCUGUUUCCUGUGGAAUCCCUGAUUUCCGAAGCAAAGAUGGUAUUUAUGCUCGUCUUCACGUCGACUUCCCGAUCUUCCUGAUCCUACAGCGAUGUUCGAUAUUCGUUAUUUUAUUCACAAUCCGGCUCCAUUCUAUGAUUUUGCUUCGGAGAUUUUCCCUGGCCAAUUUGAACCGUCAAUAUUCUCACAAGUUCAUUCGCCAACUUGAAGUGAACAACCAGCUUUUGAGAAAUUACACUCAAAACAUCGACACACUUGAGAAGCAGGCAAAAAUUGAAAGGUUGUUGAGUGUCAUGGUUCUUUCUCCAAAGCGACUUGUUUGA